CGGCAGCCAGAGGAACAAGUCUGUGGCGGAGGGCAGAGCAUCCUGCUGUCGUUUUUUUUUCUUUUUCUGUUCCUCUCCGUUUUUCUGCCCUCGGGAUAACGGCAGACCAGCAACGGAGGAGGAGGAGAAGAGAGAGAGAGAGAGAGAGAGAGAGAGAGAGAGAGACAAGGAGGAAGAGACAGACCUACAGAGAGACUCAGAGAGAGAGAGACUCAGAGAGAGAGAGAAGGAACAGACCUUCUGUCAGUGAUCAAAUUCACAACAAAGCAUCCCCACCCAUUAUCCUGAGCGCGUCUGUCACCGUGUGUCAAACUGCAGCCGCGGCUCUCUCCGAUGUCACCUGCUAUUAGCGACCCUGCCAGACCAGCAGUAUUCAUGGUCGCCAUCCCAGUACUUCGAUGAAGACAGCUACUCUCCCCCUCCCAAGAAUAUGAAGGGUCUAUCCGGCGGCCGGCCUCAGCUACAGAUCUCGUCAGCGCACACGUGCGGCAUCUCUGACUGCGAGCACUCCCUGGACCACCUGCAGCAUGGGCCGGCCGAGUCUCGCCAGUCCUACCUGCUCAGCCCGACCGAGAGCUGCCCGCUGGACCACCACCACCGCUGCUCGCCGCGCAGCUCCAUCCACUCCGAGUGCAUGGUGAUGCCCGUCUCCAUGGCCUCGGACCACGUGUCCAGCAGCACCUUCCCCCGCAUGCACUACAGCUCGCACCACGAGGGCUCGCGGGACGACUGCUCCAUGGCGCACGUCACCGGUGGAGGGGUCGGAGGCCCCGGUGGCGGAGGAGGUGGUGGUGGUGGUGGAGGUGGUGGCGGCGGUGGCGGUGGCAGUAGCGGCAAGAUGAACCGCAUCCCGGCCAACCUGCUGGACCAGUUCGAGAAGCAGCUGCCCAUCCACCGCGACGGCUUCCACACGCUCCAGUACCAGCGCACGUCCACCACGGCCACCAGCGAGCAGCGCAACGAGAGCCCCGGGCGCAUCCGCCACCUGGUGCACUCCGUGCAGAAGCUCUUCACCAAGUCCCACUCGCUGGAGGGCUCGUCCAAGAUGAACGGCACCAAGGGGGGCGACUCGCGCUCCUCGGACAGCGGCCACCACCACCACGGCCACGGCCACCACCACCACGGCCACGGCCACCACAAACACAGCAAGCGAAGCAAGAGCAAGGAGCGCAAGUCCGAGUCCACCAAGCACCGCUCGGGCAUGGCCGGCUGGUGGAGCUCGGACGACAACCUGGACAGCGACAGCACGUACCGGACGCCCAGCGUCAUGAGCCGCCACCACGUCGACCACAUCAGCCACUGCUACCCGGACUCGGUGCAGAGCCACUUCGGCGACCUCUCGCUCAAGACCUCCAAGAGCAACAACGACGUCAAGUGCUCGGCCUGCGAGAGCAUGGCCAUGGCGCCCGAGGGCAAGUUCAUGAAGAGGAGCUCCUGGUCCACGCUGACCGUCAGCCAGGCCAAGGAGGCGUACAGGAAGUCCUCCCUAAACCUGGAGAAGCCUGUGAUGCCGCAGGACCUGAAGCCCUCUUUGAGGGCUUGUCAUUACCUGCAGGUGCCUCAGGACGAGUGGAGCGGUUACCCCGGCAGCAAGGAUGAUGAGAUCCCCUGCCGGCGGAUGCGUAGCAGCAGCUACGUCAAGGCCAUGGGCGACGAGGAGAGUGGCGAGUCGGACUCCAGCCCCAAGAGCUCGCCGCAGAAGAGCGCCCGCUCCGACGCCCUCGUCAAGUCCGUCCUGCAGAGGCAGCUCUCAGACUCCCAGAGCUCGUAUCGUUUGGAUAAAAUGAACAGCGACGUGUUAAACUACAUCACCAAUUUCGCUGCAGAUCUAAGUCAAAGCUACCAUUUGCAAGCCACGAGAGACAUCCAUCCCAGCAUCACCCUGGAUCCCUCCGCCAACUAUAACUCCCCCAAGUUCCGUUCCAGGAACCAGAGCUACAUGCGAGCCGUCAGCACCCUCAGCCAGGCCAGCUGUGUCAGCCAGGUAAGUGAGACGGAGAUCAACGGGCAGUUUGAGUCUGUGUGUGAGUCGGUCUUCAGCGAAGUGGAAUCACAGGCUAUGGAGGCGCUGGACCUGCCGGGCUGCUUCCGCACACGAAGCCACAGCUACCUGCGCGCCAUCCAGGCCGGCUACUCCCAGGACGACGAGUGCGUGCCCUCCAUGACCUCCUCCACAGUCACGUCCACCAUCCGGUCCACGACAGAGGGCCAUGAUUUGCUGGAAGGCACUAGUUUGCUUAAUGAGGACAAUUUGCCAGACGACGAGGCAGGAAUAGCCUACAUGCCCCGCGAGGACGCCGGCCGUCCCAGCAGGGCUGACAGGUUCCACAGCCAGAGGGCCGCCCGGGCGGCUGCCUCCACGGCCAACACGUUGCCCUCCGCCGCGUCCUCGGCCGGCGCCAGCCUCGGCAUGGGCAUCGGGCUCGCCGCCAUCCCCCCGGCCGUGCAAGCCACUGUCCAGGAGACGGCCGACCUGGCCCUGGCCCUGAGCCAGCAGUGGCGGGAGGAUGUGUCGGCCAUGCGCCAGGAGCUGGCAGAGCUGCGGCGGGACAUCUGCACCGAGCUGCGCGCCUUCAACAGCAACUUCUCCACCUUCACGCAGCGCUACAACACCUGGUCCCCCAACGCCCCGCAGGCUCCCGCCUCCACCGGCGCUGGGUCCGCCACCACUGGCCACGUGUCCGUCAGCACCCAGGCCAACAGCAAGGGCCUGGUCAGACAGAAUACGGCAGAUGCGGCCGUCAACUGCCCCUCACCGGUGGACUUGAGCAUCAUGAAGUCUCCAACUCCAGAGCCUCUCAAAACCAAUGUUCUCCAGCUGCCCAGGUCAGGCUGUGGAAGCCACGCGGUGGCAGACGUUUCCGUUCCUGAAAGUGUCCUUUCAAGUCCAGAGUCAGUCGACCUAAUGGCAGAGUGUGUGGACUUUACGUUAGACACGGAAUCUUCAGCAAUGCGAAAUGUUGUAGACCUCCCGUUCCCUAUCGAAUCUGACAUUGCCCUCCUCAGUCCCUUAUCUAGAGAAUCAUGGUAUCCAGAGGGCUUGGGCUCUUCUCCAGAGCCUGUGUACUCUGAGUCUGUAAGCCCAUCUCCAGAACCUGUAGAUCCAACCUUCACAGAGUCCCCAACACCUCUGCACAUAGAACCCACCUUCCCAACACAGCCACUUCUAGAAUACCUUGACUCAGAUAUCCAGUCUCUGCCCAGUCCUGAGCUUCUGGACGUAGCAGCCUCAAGCCAAGACCAUUCACAGCAUGUUGAGACCAGUCUGGCCAGCUCGCCAGAGCUACUACAGUUAGACCUUAGCUUCCCUGAGCCUCCUCCACCAGUAACUAUGGACCCUGAACUCUUGGCCAUGCCUGACCUGGACACGGACAGCCUGAGUCCUCCAGAUCCAGUGACCUUUGAUUCCUUCUCAUGCCUAGAGAAGCUGUCUGCGUCCGACACUGCUGUCCCAGCUUGGAGCCCGGAGCCGAGCCCAGAGCCAAGCCCAGAACCGAGCCCAGAGCCGAGCCCAGAACCGAGCCCAGAACCGAGCCCAGAGCCGAGCCCAGAACCAAGGCCUGAGAGUCCCAUCACAGGGUGUCCUCCUGAGUCGGAGGCUGUCUCCUUACCAGAAGCUCUCCUGGUUGAGGCAGAGCUCCUAAAUGUAUCGGUGUCCAGUAGCACAGAAAUGGUGCCUCAUGAUGAUAUCAUCAUCUGUCUGACCGACAUGGGCACCCUCCAUCAUGCCGUCUUGUGCGCCGUUGAGGCAGACACUCCAGACUCAAACAGCUCAGAGUCUUUCGACGAGGAGAUUGAAGAGGCAGAACUUGGUUCUUCAACAGACAGCGAGAUCAUUAACAUAGCCAGCCUCUACUUGGAGGAGCCUGAGGUACUGGACGUCCAAGACGCCAACGUCCCAAGUGAACUAUCAGAACCAUGCUCCGACAUUGUUGUAGUGACCACUCCCGGGCUUGAGUCUGGGUCGCCCUGGAGUCCUGAGUCUGGGUCGUCGAGUUCUGGGCAGCCGAUCACUGUCCAGCCGAGUCCUGGCCAGCCGAGCACUUUGUGUCUGUUCGGACAGGCCCUCAUGAGCAACCCGGCCGCCCAGUGUCCCUUCCAGUUUCCGCCACCGGAGCUGCAGGAACCCAUGGAGAGCUCGCAGCAGCUGCUGCUGAAGAGCCAGUCGGAGACCUUCGAGAGCAUGGUCAGCUCCCCGUCAUGCAGCGAUUUCCUGUGGGUCAGGUGGCAGAGGAAGUCCCAGGGACAGCUGCCCUUGCAAAGGAGUUCCAGUGUCGAGCUAUGGCACAGGAAGUUCUCCAACAACUCUCAGAUGUCAUACAUGUCCUUGUCACUUUAAUCAGGCACCUCAAAGACACAAGGGAAGUAGAAUCGAUGCAGACAGAGUUGAAGAGAGUGUGUGUGUGUGUGUGUGUGUGUGUGUGUGUGUGUGUCUGUGUGCGUUUGUGUGUCUGUGCGUGUCUGUGCAUGUGACUUUGUGUGUUUGCUUGUAUGAAUGUAUACUUAUGUACAUAUUGAUAUGUCUGUGUGUGUGUGACUGUGGCAAUGUGUAAGUGCUUUGUUUGUGAUGUUUGAGUGUGUGGGGUGAAUUCACAUCUACUGUAUGCAUUUCUUUGUGUGUGUGUGUGUGUGUGUGUGUGUGUGUGUGUGUGCCUGUCUGUCUAUCUUUGUCUGUGUACAUAUGAGUGUCUGCAUGUUUGGUCGGAGGAGAAAAAGGGAAUGUCUUGAGGAAUGGGUAUUGAUUAAAACCUUAUUAAGGACUACCUAUACACAGCAUCGGUGCCACUGUGAACGCAUUCAGUUCAACUGAUAAACGCUUACUGAAAUAUUCAGCAUUGACUGACUACCCCUCAGCUGCAGAGGUGGAUCAAAAUAUUUUUCUCUCCUUCUCUCUUUCUUCAAAAACGAUUUGUGCUUGUAAUCAUUCAUCCAAAGAUAUACUAUAUUUAACUCAUGAACUCGCUGAAACUGCCUCAGUAUUUUGGGGAAUUUUCAGGUUUUGAAUGUGAAGUCUUGAUGAGCUGGCACAUAGUAAGAUACUGUGAUCAAGUAUGGGAAUGUCCAAGCAUAUCUACAUGAGCACUUAAAAAAAACUUCCUUUCUGAGGGAUCAGACAAUCAAGACAUUUUUCUCUUACCUCAGAUGUUUGAGUACUUGGUACUGAAUGCACUGUUGGUCUACUGUUAGACACUGUUAGGGUAAGACUGUGAUGAGCUGAACAGGGUAUUCUCAAAGAGAGUCUCUGUGGUUUUGAUAUAGCAUUUUUUUUCUCUGAAUGUGGAUUUGCGAUUGUUUUGAUGAAACCCAGCAGAACCUGAUCUUCAUAUUGUUACCCAAGACUGCUGAAUAGACUUGUAGAAGUCCCGGUAGAGACCUGCAGCCUUGCGAUAAAAAAAUGUGAUAAAUUUACUCCUGUAAUGUAAGAUGCGUCAUGCAUGUCUCAGACGCUCUAUGUGACCUUUUGAAUUAAUUGGAUCUCCAAUACAUAGACACAAACACACAUGGAGACACACUCACACUCAAACAUGUACAUGCAAACACACACUGACACAAACAAAACCACACACACACACACACACACACACACACACACACACACACACACACACAUUCAAGUUCAAGCACAUGUGCAUAUAAACAUGCACGCUCAAACCCACAUGCAUGCAAAGCCUCAUGUACGUGUACACACACA